AUGAGUUUUGUGGCUAGAAGCCACAACUUACCUUGGCUACUGGCUGGGGAUUUCAAUGAAAUGUUGAGUAUUGAGGAUAAGUUCGGAGGUGCUUCUACUUUGAGGGUCCGAGGUUUUAAAAAUUGGUUUGAUGGUAAUGAUAUGGUGGACUUAGGAUUCUCUGGCCCUAAGUUUACUUGGACCAACCAACAAGUUUUCGAAAGACUGGAUAGAGCAAUUUGUAAUCUUAGUUGGAGAAGAAUGUUCAAUGAGGCUCAUGUGAGACAUCUACCUAGGACAAAAUCUGAUCAUGCUCCAAUUAAGAUUUAUCUCAACUCUUUGUUAGCACUUGACCCUCUGAAGAGGCCUUUUCGCUUUGAGGCCAUAUGGUUACAGCAUGCUUUAUUCCCUGAGUUGGCGGCUAAGGUUUGGGGGAGUUCUACUGGUUAUGCUUUGGAUAAAACAUAUAGGCUGGUAGAGCCUAUUCAAUAA